AUGACAUCUGUCAUUGUGGUUAUUGCAACAAUUAUGGGAUGUGUCAUCUUUACUGUGGACGUCACAAAUGGUGAGUAAAUAAUAGCCUAGUCUAGGAAGAAUGAUUAUAAAAUAAUUUAUAUUCACCAGGCAGCUGUAACAUUUGAAAUAAAAACCUUCAAAUGCAUCACUGCAAGAAAAGUUGUUUUUAAACCUGGUGGUAAUAUAUGUCGCACUUGAACAUAACAUUUUCCCCACCAUUUGGUUCACAGAUCAAGUGAGAAGAAGUAACCAAUGGAGUUUAAAAAAAGAGGAGCAGUAAAAAAAAAAAAAAAAUUAAAAAUCACAUUUACAUAUAUUAAACAUAUAAUAUAUAAUAUAAAUAUUUUUUUUCUGCUCCUGUUUUUGUUUCCCCUCUGUUAGUCACUUUAUCUGUGAAUUAACAUAGUGGCACAUUUCUCAUUUCUCAAAUUUUCACAGGUGCUGCAGUACGAAUAUCCUGUCCACCUGGCUGGUUCUUUUACAGAUCCCAUUGCUAUGCUGUGAGUAAGAACCCUGCUUCUUGGGCUGAUGCAGAGGUAAGCCAUUGUUUUCCAAUUGAUAAUGAUUGCCAAAUAAAUAAUCUAUCACAUAUGUGUCUUUCCUACGCUGAAGAAGUUCUCUUGAUCCCCUUGUCCUCUAGGUUUAUAGAACUCGCGCGUACACGCAUGUUACUAUCAAUUCCAACUCCCUCUUUAACCCUCUUCAAUCUGGCUUACAUUCUCUUUACUCUGCUGAAACAGCCCUUACAGAAGUGAUCAAUGAUUUGCACACUGAUAACUCCAAAGUUCACUAUUCUCUCUUAAUUUUCCUUUCCUCUCUGUUGUCUUUAACAUUGUCAAUCACACACUCUUUUUUUUUUCCUAAUCUUCCGUAACCUUAGUCUUCAUGAUUUUGUCCUUUCUAAUUCUCAUUAACAGGACUUCUAAAAGGCUGCUCCUUUUAAAAUGAAAUGCUCUAUCCCAUUCUUUUAGACCUACUCUCAGCUUCCAUUCUUUUAAGAAGUCUCUAAACACAUUUGUCUUGUUAAAACUUACCAUCUUCCUGGGUAAUUAAUCACAUUAUAACAGUCCUCCCAUCUCACACACUGCUCUACCUCAGUGAGGAUUCCCAUUCACAAUUGCAGAGAGAAUAUGAUUAAUUCCUCUAUGCGUUGCAAUGCGUAAAUUGAGGAUUGUCCCUCACCACCUGUAGUCACCACAUGGUUUGCACUUGUAGAUAUCUGAAGUCCCACUAGGACUCCUGAUAGGCCAGAGUCUGUUUGGUUCUGGCAACCUCAUGUCUAUGCAUGGCACACGUGCUAUAGGUUGCUAACCACUGUUGUAGAAUGUUUGAUUCUGUAUCUAUAUGUAGUGUCAAAUAGUAUUAGAGUUAUAUUGAAAUUCAGAUACUGGAAAGGGUUAAUCUAUACUGACCUAAAAAAGUGUACUGUGUAACAAUCAUAAUUAAAGCACAUUUAUGUAUAAUAUAAAUACUCAUUGUUUAGAUUAUUACAGUGUUUUCCAAAGUAUGAGCACUUUUCUCUCCCUCGUCUCCUUUUUACAGUAUGACUGUGUCAGUUAUGGGCACGGGGCGCACUUGGCUUCUAUCAUGGAUGAUUCAGAAGCUGCGAUCAUUGCGAGUCAUGUUUCAGCCAAUCAAGAUGCAGAAGGUGUAUGGAUUGGGCUCCAUGAUCCUGAGAAGGUCAGUGAAAGAAAUCCUAAACAAGUUACCAAAGGAAUAAGCGAAGUACCCUAUUAUGUCCUGAGUUGCUAUUUAUUUUUAUUUGAUCAUUAAAGGGACACUAGGAACUUACAGCAUUACCACAUGGAUGUAUUUUUAAUUAAAUACUUAUACCACAAUAUGUAUCCAGGGUAACCUAAACACAUUGGAAACAUUUACAGCCACGUGUGGAUCUGUUAGUAAUACAGCUCAUUUCAACACAAUAAUGAAAAUAUUGCUGGCUAAUAUAUUCUGUUUAGGAAUUAAUAUAACCCAGGCCUAACUUUAGCUGUACAAUAUUCAAUUUCAACUUUAAACAUUUGCCCAACAUUGCCCAAAAUCUCUUACACAGCAUGGGGACCUAUAUCAUGAUCAAACAAAGUAGUAGAAAACAACAAUAUAAAUGUUGACUCCAAGGUCCAGAGUUCAACAGUCCAAGAACAAUGUAGUUGCAAAUGAACGGAUUCUUCCCUGGCCUGGAAACUGGCCCUGAUUAAUGUCCCCAUGUUUGCUUGUGUCGGUCAUUAAUUUGGUUAUAACCUUGCAGGCACUCAGCAAAAAGAUACUAUGAAGAUUUAGUUCACAGUCCUCUAAAAAUGUUGCUGCCAGUUGCCAGCCUGUACCUGCCAGCCCUCCACUGAUUCAAAAUGUAUUUAUCUUUUCUAUUUUUGUAAGCCCUGAUAUAAGACUGAGCUAAGUUCAUUUCCUGAUAGAAGAAAAAAAAAGUAGUGGAGCCAAAUAUCUAGGAUUUGCAGAUUUUACCAUAUUUUCCUGGACAUAUUGGUGAUAUAUAUAGAACAAAAAGAAUUAGCCGUUCAGCUAUCUGAAUGUUUUAAAUAUUUUAUCAAAGUGCAGAUGCCACAUAACAGAGUUUGGCUGUUGUCAAUAAUACAGAAUGCAGUGGGGGCGGGAUCAUAUUUAAUGGUUCUUCUCUCGGCAGAAUGGUCGCUGGAAGUGGACAGAUGGUUCUAUGUUCAAUUACGCUGCCUGGAAAACGGGCGUGCCAGACAAUGCCAAAGGGAAAGAGUUCUGUGUUGUUCUUGUUACUGGUUCCAGUAAGUGAGAGUCAUAAAUUUUACUCCACAUUCCAAGUGCAAGACUCUACAUCAGGGGUGCCCAAAAGGUAGAUCCCUAGAUAUUAUAAAACUACAGCUUCCAUGAUGCUUUGUCAUUCUAAAGGCAUGCAAAGCAUCACUGGAGUUGUAGAGUUACAACAACUGGGGAUCUACCUCUGAUUGAGUUAAAACAUCAGCAAGACAUAUCUAUAUUUUAUAACUGACAGUUACCCUGUUUGCAUGCAUGGCAAAAAUGAAUGGCAGUGAACAAUUUAAAAUCCAAACAUAUCCCAAUUAAUCAAAAUAUAUACAAAAUUGAGGCACAGCACACACAUAAAAAUGCCAGUUUUAAAUCUAACAAGGUUACUUAAAAUCACCUAUCUUUGCAAACAAAUAUGGGGAUUUGUUUACACUCUAAGGUCAUAUUUUGUUAAACCCACCAAUAUGUCACAGUAUAUCAAUAUCGGGAACCUCUUCUCUUUUCUCUCAUUGCACACGUGGAGAGGCAGAAACAAGGUUUCUAUUCACCCAAUGCAUACUGUGCUAUGGCUGUGCCCUGACUUAAGUGCAUUGUAAUGUCAAUUAGUGAAUUUUUCAUGGCCAUUUAAAAGUAAACAGUACAUCAUAUAUAAAAAAAAAUGUUCAUCACAAGUUAUAGGUGGAUUUCAAUGUUUUAUUCAAAGAUAUAAAAUUCAUAAAAGUGAUAGUUCCCACUUAGAGAAAAUCAAAUAUUGGUUGUAAAUAUUUAGGUUAUCAGCCAGUGAUCAAACUUGUUUUGUUUUCUUGUCUUGUCUUGUCUAUAGGCAAUCUAUGCAUGUAUUGGUUGGAAAAGGUUGGGGAAAUAUUACAUUUCAGACAUUUUUGAUAUAUUGCACUUUUUCAUAAACCAUCUGUACUUCAAAUGGAUUUUCUACUUAUAUUCUCCAUGCUCAACAAUGAAAAUAUUAAAAAACAUAAAAUUGUGGCAUGCUUUCAGAUUCAUGAAAACAUAUUAAUGAGUAUGUACUAGCCAUGUAUAAGCAGUUAAUGCUCUUAAUGCUGCUUCAACUGUCACCUUGAAUUAUAUCACAGCUACAUUAAGCCACUUUGAUCAACGAUGCAUGAUAUGGUAGUUUGUGCAUAGGAGUGCUUACAUUCCCUCAUUAUGUAGCUUAGUAUUCCUUAACUUAAAGGGAUAUCAUCCCUUUCAGACAUCUGUCUCAUAUAAAAGCUUUAGCUUUGAAUGAGACAGUUGCCUCACUCUGCCAGCUGAAAAAAGCAGGAGAGUAUAAUUUAUUUAUUUUUCAUAUUCAACUUCUUGUUAUUUGUUAUGCUUGUCACAAUAUCUCCAAGGGGGCACUGAAACAGACUAGUUGACAGAAACAGGGCAUCAUUGCACAGUAGCAGUAGAGAGAAACUCAACAAGGGAGCCUGCUCUGCAUGAUCACACUGAUUAGACUCCCUCUCUUCUCCCAUUGCCCAUUUUCCAGCAUUCCUAGGGAUAGUACAAGCAAUGUACUAUCCCUAGGAAUGCUGGAAAAUGGGCAAUGGGAGAAGAGAGGGAGUCUAAUCAGUGUGAUCAUGCAGAGCAGGCUCCCUUGUUGAGUUUCUCUCUACUGCUGCUGUGCAAUGAUGCCCUGUUUCUGUCAACUAGUCUGAAACUGAGAAGAGUGGUUAAGAGUGGGAGUGGGAGGAGGGCUGAAGGAACUCCACUAGCUGUGAGGUGUGCCCAACAAUGCUAACUGACCAAGUUUAGAAACAUUUAUUAUAUAGUUUUCAAAGUUUGUCUUGCUUUAUUUUGACUGGUUUGUUUAUUUAAAAGUGUUUGCUUGCUGGUUUAAAAAAAAUAAUCAGGCAAUGCAUGUCCCUUUAAACAUCCCUCUUUAUUCCUGUGUUCUCUUUCAGAGUAUAAGAAAUGGAAUGAUGUUGGAUGCGGUCCAGUUCGUAACUAUGUCUGUAAAUUCAAGCCCUGAUUCUCCUCCACAAUUUUCUUCUUACACAAAGUUUUAUCGUUCACUUGCAGUAAACAAAAUGUAUAAUACAUAUAUGUAUAUAAAAAAUCACAUGUGCCUGUGUAAUCACUACUUUCCAAGCCUGUGUAUUUUUGUAUUAGGUGAUCAUUGAGGUAUUUAGGAAGUAUAUCCACAGCUUUUUUUAAAAUAAAGAGCUAGAUAGAAGAUAGGUUGAAGAGGUAAGAGCUUUAAUAAAUGUAGAUAGAAGAGGAUGGAGUUAGGUUGAAGGAUCAAUGACGAGAAAGGAGGUAUAUAGAAGAUAGAUUGAAGAGGAGGGGGGUAUAUAUAAGGCAGAUUGAAUAGAAGGUAGGUACAUAAAAGGAAACCUGUGUGCUUUGGGGUGUUUGUGUUGCACUCUCUGUAUCCAGGAGAUAAUGAGUUUAACCAAGAGCUGACUCAAUUAUCUCCCAGACACAGAGGUGCCUGGGCGGGCUUAUGCUACAAAUAAUGGAGACCCCAUGCUGACAGUCUGGGUAUAAAUCUAUGUGCUUUGCUCAAUAAAAAAAGAUCUACUUCAUACUUCACUAAAUCUCGGCUAGUGUUUCGGUAAGACAACGGUACAUCUUGCAGGACAGCAUAAUCACUCUGGAGCUAUACAAAAUAGGAAUGGACAACCUAGGAGGUAGUAACCAAUGUACUUGUGGGUAUACUGUCACAACAACUUUGAAUUAUCUAGACAUUUUAAUGCUCAGAAUCAAAUUUACAAUUUAGUUAAUAAUACUUGUAAUGACAAAGUAGGAUAAAGUAAAUUAUAGUGUUACAAAAACUAUUGCAUUUUAAUUUUAGUUGGUGAAUGAUGAUAAUAAUAUACAUCAUCUACAGUAAUGUAAGGACAUUUUAGUUCAUUUCUACAUUAGAAUCUGUAGUAUGCUCAUCUCCAGUACCAUUGUGUUCUCAUCUAUAAAAAUCCACUUCUGUAGAGAAGCGGCACAGCAACUUUCCAAUAACUGGAAGGAACUGGAACGCAGCAUUCAAUAAAAAUUUAAUCAUAGCGAUUAUUUUUCAUGUUUAUGAUUGUGUGUUAGAGUUUACUUGGCACUGAAGGAAUAAUAAACUCUUCCUCUGUGGUAUGGAACAGAGCCUAAACACACUUGUCCUAGAAUGAUCUAUUUAAAAGCCACCUCACUAAAAGUGUAUCAGUGAGGCAAUUGCAUUCCCUCUCCUCCUACACAACUAUGCCCCUAAAGAAAGAAUUGUAAUGCCUACGGCAUUCUGUUUCAAUGGAAUAGUAAUUUAAAUUGAGCUUAGUUGGUUAGAGUUCAUUAGACAAUUAUGCAUUGGACAUUUUUGCCACUCUAUCUUAAUUGCAAUCCCGUUCCCUAGUAAUUAUGCUACCACUCUAUUUGCAAGUGCCAGCACCAAGAAUUAAGAAGCUUCUAAAGCUCUCCACGACCCAACCCUACUUUUCUGAGUUGCAGGAUGCUAUUCCUCUUAUUGCAUGGUCAUGAGCAGACUGUGCCUCGGUGUAAGUGGGAAUUUAGCAAUGUUCUAUCAGGUCUGCCCUAAACGAGGGGUACGAAAUGUCUCAAAAUUGAGCAUCUCACAUUGGAAGAACCAUCACUAGAUUAUAAUGAAGUUUUUAUUAUUAUUAUUAAAGACAUGGCUGACUAGAAAUGCUGACUUAAAAUGAAAAUAAAACCCACAAAAUGGUAGUAAAGGAGUAAAUUGUGUAAGUGACUUUGAUGGAGACACUUUUAUAGGUAACAAGGGAGUGGAUGAAGACGUUGAAAUGGGCAUUGUUUGAGAGGAUAGGUGAUAAUGACACGGACUUUUCUUUUAGAAUAGGAGGCAUUCAAGUACGAGUUCAAAAACAACAAACUAAAAUGAAUGUCUUUAUCAGUUAUGUUUCCUUCUUUUUGCCUAUUAUAAGAUUACACUCCACCUGGUGAUUUCGAGUUCACAUAAAUCAUCUUCGUUUUGGAUCCCACAAGUCAGACAGGAGAACACAACGUACAAUUCUUGUCUGUUACUAGUCAGCAUUACCCAAACACAAUUUCAAAUGGGCCUAAUUAAAUUUUGAAAACACAUAAAACCCAGCAGUCAGUCAUGUUUUUGUAUUGUACUGUAUUGUGGCAGUGCUUUUGUCUGUGUGUAAGAGUUUUGUGUGUGUGUAAUAUAUUGCGGACUUUAAUGAUGAUGUCACUAAUUUAAGAAUAAAUUAUGCAUCUUGAAAUGUUUCUUAUCAAGCAUCAUUAGGGUGCAGGAUACUCCAAUGUGCCUGCAACUGGGACAUUUUGACACCAUCUUCUCCAGGUAAAUAGAUGGGCCACCACCCUCUUCCUUGAGCCGAACAUUUGUUUUUAAAGUGCAAGAUGCAACAAAUAAAACAAGUCAGGUUGUUCCUAGUAAAGAAAAUACUUAUUUUAUAUAAGCAUACAAUAAAAGAAAAUCCACAGGUUAUGAUCCAGGAUUUGUGAUGACUCCACAAAUAUUCUUGAUUAUUUUAGCAUACGGGGCUUUUGUCCAUGAGUUCAUGUGAACAGAAAGCAGAAGAGAAAACAAUGGUACAAUACUUCUUUGUAAUUGGAGACACACAAUGAUUAGGUUCAAAAUAUUCAACUAACAUGAUAUAGAGCUUUAGAUCAACUCCAGUUUCUUAGGCAUAUAGUGCUACAAUCCAGAAUAGGUGGUACUUUGCAAGCCCAUUACUUCAGUGAGCAAGCCUGAUCGUCUGCAAAGCCUGAUUCCCCAACUUUGCAAGCCCAUUACUUCAGUGAGUAAGCCUGAUCGUCUGCAAAGGUAGCCUUCUGGAAGACCACACUAAGACUCCAUCCUGCACGCCUUCAUUUAUUUUUAACUUAACCACCCUGUACAUUUAUUUUAUUUUUAUUUUAUAUAUCCUGUGUACACUGUAUAUUUUCUUGUAUUUAUAUCUUGUCUGCUAUGAUAAAGUGUAGUUUUGCUAGCCCUGUAUGUAAUUGUUUUAUUCACCUAUAUGCAUUCCUCUAUUUCCCCUCUGAUUUGUGACUGACCUCUGACCCCUCCCUUCUCUUAUUGAUAUGUUUGUUUUUAUUUGAAUAUCCAUAUCUUCAUCUCUGUACCUAGAUACAUAUCCCCCUCCCUUACCUUUAUUGCAAGCUCUCUGACCCUCACAUUUCUUUAUUCAACAGCCUGAUUCCCCAACUUUGCAUGCCCAUUCCUUCAGUGAGCAAGCCUUCUUUCCCCUCAAUGUACCUUUCAACCAAUCAUAACUCCCCCUGCCCUAUCCUUUUCUUCUUUUGAAGUUCACACUGUCUGCCUAUUUAAACCCACUCCUUUAAGAAUUGCUAUCAUCUACCGCCCCCCGGUUAUCCUAGACUAUUCAUUGAGCACUUUUCUUCCUGGCUUCCCCACUUCCUCUCAUCUAGCACUCCUUCCCUUAUACUUGGGGAUUUCAAUAUCCCAAUCAACAACCCCAAUUGCACUGAUGCCUCUCAUCUGCUCUCUGUAACCUCCUCCAAUGGCCUUAUGCAAUGGUCCAAUUUAGCAAACAGCGGGAAACACUCUUGAUCUUGAUCACCAACCUCUGUACUUCCUCUAAUCUCUCCAAUAUUAAUUUUCCUCUAUCUGACCACCAUCUGCUGACUUUUGACAUUGGCAUACCUAAGGCCCAACUGACACCACCAUCUGAACAUCACUGUCACAGAAACCUCCAAUCUCUUGACCUAGAGCAUUUCUCCACUAAUCUCCAAACUCUCCUUUUACCUAUCUCAAACCUCACCUGUCCUAGUUCUGCAACCUCCUUCUACAAUUCCACUCAACUAGACAUCAUGGCACCUUGUACAUUUAAACGCCGCAGGCGCCCCCAACAACAACCCUGGCACACCAAGCUCACUCGAUAUCUCCAAAAAUGCUCCAGAACUUCUGAACGCUGUUGGAGAAAGUCUCACUGUGCAUCUGACUUUCUCCACUAUAAAUUUAUGCUGAGUUCGGCUCUUUCCUCUGCAAAAGUUAAUUACUUCAAUAACCACCCUCAUAACCACACUCUCCAAAGAACUGAAACGACUAUUUCACACAUUUAACUCUCUUCUUCGCCCUGCUGUUCCUCCUCCACCUACUAACUUGACUGCCUCAGACUUUGCAGCUCACUUCACUGACAAGAUCUCUACAAUCAGAGAAGGGAUCUCUCAUCUUUCUUCUUCCCCUUACAAUACUUCCCCUAACUUCACUCCCUCUGCUGUUCUAUGUUCAUUCGCACUCACUACAUUGGAAGAGGUUUCUGCUCUGAUCCAGUCCUCCCGCCCCACCACCUGCUCCCUAGAUCCAGUUCCCUUGCAUCUCAUCCGUACUCUGUCUUCUUCUCUUUCUCCACCUCUCACUAAAAUUCUCAAUCUCUCUCUCUCCUCUGGUAUAUUUCCAUCGCCUUUCAAACAUGCAACUGUAACCCCAAUUCUAUCUUGACCCUAACUCCCCAUCCAACUAUCGUCCUAUCUCACUACUGCCUUUUGCAUCCAAGAUCCUUGAAAGAAUUGUGUAUGCGAGAUUGACAGACUUCCUCGAGGCCAACUCUCUGCUAGACCCGCUUCAGUCUGGUUUCCGCGCUAAGCACUCUGUGGAAACGGCACUGACCGAAGUAUUCAAUAAUCUACUCACUGCAAAAUCUCGUGGUCACUACUCUAUCCUAAUUCUCCUUGACCUGUCUGCGGCUUUGACACUGUUGAUCAUCAACAGCUUCUUCUCAUCCUCCGCAAUAUCGGUCUACAAGAUAUUGCUCUCUCCUGGUGCUCCUCCUACCUCUCCCAGCGCUCUUUCAGUGUUUCUGUCUCUGGCUCUGCUUCUUCUCCCCAAAUCCUCUCUGUUGGUGGCCCCCAAGGUUCAGUCCUUAGUCCCCUACUGUUCUCAAUCUAUACUGCCUCCCUUGGUAAACUCAUUAGCUCCUUUGGCUUCCAAUAUCAUUUCUAUGCAGAUGACACACAAAUCUACCUGUCCUCUCCUGAUCUAUUGACUAGUGUCUCUGACUGCCUCUCUGCUGUUUCUAACUGGAUGGCUGCCCACUUCCUUAAACUAAACUUGACCAAAACUGAAAUUCUGGUCUUUCCUCCCUCAAGUGUUGUUACUCCUGUGUCUGUCUUCCUCCAAGUCAAUGGUGCUACCAUCAGCUCCACCACGCAGGCUCACUGCCUAGGUGUUCUCUUUGUCUCCGACCUCUCCUUCAAGCCUCAUGUUCAAUCUAUCGCCAAAUCCUGUCAAUUCCAUCUCAAAAGCAUUGCGCGCAUCCUACCCUACUUAACGCCAGAUGCAACUAAGGUGUUGGUCCAUUCCACUGUCCUUUCUCGCCUUGACUACUUUAAUCCGCUUCUCAGUGGUCUUACGUGCUCCCAACUUGCGCCGUUACAGUCCAUAAUGAAUGCGGCAGCGAGGCUCAUCUUCCUGUCCGCCCGCACCUCCCAUUCUGUCAGUCCCUACAUUGGCUUCCUAUAAAAUAUAGAGCUCAAUUUAAAAUUCUGGUUCUUGCUUUCAAAUCUCUACAUAAUGCUGCUCCCACUUAUCUAUCCUCCCUUAUACACAAGUAUGCCUUGUCUAGGCCCUUAGUAUCUGCUGAAGACUUACGUCUAUCUUCUGUCCGUACUUCCACCUCUGAUGCUCACCUUCAAGAUUUCUCAAGGGCUGCACCGUUCCUGUGCAACUCGCUUCCCUCCUCCGUUAGAUGCUCACCCAGUCUCCACUCCUUCAAAAAAUCAUUAAAAAAUCCACUUCUUCAUAAAAGCGUAUCAAUUAAACUGUUAAUAGCUCCUGAAUGAUUCCUCUUCUGCAACUGUCACUAGUCUAAUACUAUCCCUUACCUUUUUGUGUCAUUUUACCCCACACACUCUAGCAUGUAAGCUCAUUGAGCAGGGCCCUCAACCCCUCUGUUCCUGUGUGUCCAACUUGUCUGGUAAUAACUACAUGUCUGUUCGUCCACCCAUUGUAAAGCGCUGCGGUAUUUGAUGGCGCUAUAUAAAUACCAUAAUAAUAAUAAUAAUCCCCACCAAGGAUUAGGUAACCAAAUGGGGUUCAAUCAGAUUGACAGAGAAAAACAUUUGAAAAACAAAUUUUAUAUAUAUUAUAUAUACACACAUACAUAUUAUCCUUAUUGAAUAUACCAGAGAGCUUUAUAUAUAGAAAUAUAUAUUGAUGAAGUCAAGGUAGUAUGAGCACAAGACAGGAAAGAUUCUUACAUUUCUUAUAAAAAUAAAAACACUAAUAAUUCUUCAUCUCUGCCAAUCUCUGCUUGUUCAAGGUUUGCUGUCAUAGGAAUCUGGUAGUUGAUAGUUUAGCACUUGUCCAUAGUAUUUUGUUAAUUGCAUGUGUUUUCAAACAACGUGCUCAAUGAGGAAUAUUUAUCAAAGUGCUCUGUUCUAAAAAGUGUCCUACAUUACCAAAAACUAAAUUGAAACUUACACCAAAAUUAACACUGUCGGGUAAGACACAAGGGGGAGGGAGGAGAGGAAAUGAGACAGAAGGGGGGCUUAGGAAGUGAGAAACAUGGUGGCUGAGGGAUUAAAACACAUAGGGGAUUGGGGGACUGAGACAUAUGAGGGGCCUGGGGGAAUGAUACACAUGGGGGGCUUGGAAAAUGAGACACAUGAAGGGACUGGGAUAUGGGGGGAAAGGAGCACAUGGAGGGACUGUGAAGGAAUUGACAAAUGGGCGGCUGGGGAAAUGAAACAUGGGAGAGAUGAGAUGCAUGGACAGGGCUGGCCUUAAGCCAUUAGGCGUCCCGUGCAAAAAGUCUUCAAGGCGCCCCCCCUCCCACCAAGUUGCCUGUAUACAGUCACACACACAGGCAGACAGUCAAUCAAACAGUUACAAGCAGACAGUCAGACACGCUCAGUUAGAGACAGACAGUCACACAUACACACACAGAGUUACAGGCAGACAGUCACACAUGCUCAGUUACAGGCAGACAGUCACAGAGCCAAACACACAGUUAAACGCAGACAGUUACACACAGUUACAGGCACACAAUCACAAACAGUUACAGGCACACAGUCACACAUACUCCAUUACAAGCAGACAGUCAUACACACUCACUCGGUUACAGGCAUGCAGAUAGGCACACACACACUCAGUUAAAGGGACACUCCAGUGCCAGGAAAACAAUGUUUCCUGGCAUUGCAGGUUCCCUCUCCCUCCCACCACCCAUACCAUGUUGCUGAAGGGAUGAAAACCCCUUCAGUGACUUACCUGAGACCCCCGCCGAUGUCGCUCGGCGGUGCUCUCAGGUCCGGCCACGCUCCUCCCACGCCGACAUCAUCAUCCGCCGGGGGAGACCGGUCGCGCAUGCGCGGCCCCCGGCAGGGGAGACCUAAAGCACAUGAGCGGCAAUGUUGCGUGCGCGCAUUAGACCUCUCCAUAGGAAAGCAUUGGGGAAUUGAGUGACACUGGAGGUCCUCACAUAGCGUGAGGACAUCCAGUGGCGCUAUAGCACAGAAAACCUGUGCUAGAAACCAGGAAGUGCCCUCUAGUGGCUGUCUAGUAGACAGCCACUAGAGGAGGAGUUAACCCUGCAAUGUAAUUAUUGCAGUUUAUGAAAACUGCAAUAUUUACAGCUGCAAGGUUAAGGGUAGUGAGAGUUGGCACCCAGACCACUCCAAUGGGCAGAAGUGGUCUGGGUGCCUGGAGUGUCCCUUUAAAGGCAGAUAGUCACACAUACAGGCACACACAACAGCACAGCUACAGUGAUUCACACAAUUGGAGUCACACACAGUUAAAGUCACACACAGGCAGACAGUCACACACACACAGGGAGGCAGUCACACAGACAGACAGUCACACACACACAGGCAGGCAGUCACACACACAAGCAGGCAGUCAUGCACACAGGCAAACAGUCACACACAGGCAGUCAGACAGUCACACACACAGGCAAUCACACAGACAGUCACACAGGCAGACACAGGCAGACAUGGGCAGGCAGGCAGUCACACACACAGGCAGGCAGUCACACACACAGGCAGGUGCAGUCACACAGACAGACAGUCAGACACACAGGCAGGCAGACAUUCAAACACACACACACACACACACAGGCAAGCAGACACACAAACAGGCAAACAGUCACACACAGGCAGGCAGACAGUCUCACACACACACACAGGCAGGCAUUCACACAGACAGACAGUCACUCACAGGCAGGCAGACACACAGACAGACAGUCAAACACACAGGCAGGCAGUCACAUACACACACACACAUAUACACACACACAGAGACUUACCUCUUUCCAGUAUGACUUAAAGGGUUUGAGGAUGCAGUUGGUUGUUGGGGAAGCAAGGACUCCUUCCUUCUUCCUUCUUCCUUCUUCCUGUGCAGCAGUUACCAGGGGCUUCGGGUAGGUAUUAGCCCUUACCUCCGCCUCGCGAUAAGCCUCGCCCCACCACUCUGUAAGCCCUGCUCCACCUCGAUUUUCUUUCUUUUUUUUUUUUUUACAGACCCGGGUGGAGAAUAAAUAAUCCUCUACCCAGGUACCUGUUUUAGCUCCCCUGCUCUCCUAUCACCAGACCAUGUGUGAGCUGUGUCAGCCACAUGGCGCCUCCUGGUCCAUGGCGCCUCGUGCGGCCGCACAGCUCGCAAAUACCCCUAAGGCCGGCCCCGUGCAUGGAUAGGCUGGGGGGACAUAAAGCAACAGAGGAUCUGGGGGAUAAAGACCCACAAAUGGGGCUAUGGAAAGAAAGACACACAGAGGGAAAGGGAGAAAGGGGCAAAAAGACAGUCCAGGGCUUGGGAGAUAAACACCCAGAGGGGCUGGGAGGCCACAAAGAUACAAAGGGUCUUGGGAAGGGGCAAAAGAGAGAGAUAGAGACUUUAACUAAACCCAUUAGAUUUUAGUUGUGUUGACUAAAAUCUACUGGAAAUUUAGCCGACUAAAACUAGACUAAAGUUAAAACAAUUCAAAUGACUAAAACUAGAAUGGCUUUUUAGUCAAAAGACUGACUAAAAAUGAAUUAAAAUUUGCCACCAAAAUUAAAGGAACAUUAUAGGGUCAGGAACACAAACAUGUAUUCCUGACCCUAUAGUGCAAAACACACCAUUUAGGUGGCUUGCCCCCACCCCCUUACACCUCUUAAAAGUAUUAAAAACUCACCUUAUUUCCAUCGCUGUGGGGGUCCGCCGGCACUGCCAAGCCCCCUUGGUGACAUCAUCAGAAUUGCCCCAUGGGGAAAGCAUUGGAUUGGCUAAAAUCGGCAAGGGGCGGAUCCAAACACAUUUUUGGGGAAUCAGUGGAGACACUGAAUGGCAGAGCUGCCUACUGUGCAGCACUAAGUCAGGAAGCAUCUGCAGUGGCCAUCUGAUGAGUGGCAACUUGGAGGUGUCCCUAGGGGCAAUGUAAACUUGCAUGAAUAUGCCUGAAGGGAGCUAUUAUACUCACCAGAACAGCUACAUUAAGCUGUAGUUCUGGUGACUAUAGUGUCCCUUUAAUACUGCGGUGUAGUUAUUUUGCUUUAAUCUUACCGGCCUUUAUGUUAGUUAUAAGCUUUGCUAACAGCUAAAGGAGCAGUAUGUAUCAUUGCAUGCCAUUUCAAGCUUCCAGUAUUGAUCUCGGAACCUGUACAUUUGGCAAUUAAAUCAGACAGACAUGUCAGAUUUUUUAAAAAAAGUUGUGAAUGUUUGUAUACUCGUUUUCUGGUCCCACUCAAGCAUACCAACUGCUAUUAAAUGAUCUGAAAAGCAAUCAAAUAGAAUCAUAGCGAAUGCUUUUUUUCCAAGAUCAUUAUUUUAGGUGACUAGUCUAUAUUAGCACAAAUACAUAAUGGAAAUACAAGAGAAGAGAUCAAUAUACCAGUUUUUACAGAGUCCCAUGGAAAUAAAUGCAGAUAAUGAGUAUUCUUUCCUGAGAAACCUACCAAUACCAAUGGAAACUCAACAGAUAGAAAAAAAAGGAUAUCCCCCACCCCCAAGAGGAGUCCUUUGACUACUCCAUGAUUAGUUUUACAGAGCUACUGAUUUUUUUCUGCAUAGUCUCGCUCUGCUCAGGACUGGAUGUGUGGGAGAAGUCAUAUAACAGUAUUUAUGCAAUACGUUAAGAAUUUCAACCCACCCUUGGGCUUAUUGCUUUUAUUUUAUCUUUGGCCCCACUUGAGGCAUUUUCUGAAUACACCUACUGUAGAAUACUUCAUCUGACUGAUUCCAUGCAUGACUCAAAGAUUUCUUCAUUAAUAGCUCAGCAUGUGUUCCAGUCACAAAUGCAUAAUUGUUCUCAUAACUCAAAGCUAAUAACUGCUAAUUGUCAGGAACCAUUCAUGUAGCUGAUCUGUGACUCAUUUGAGGUCAUAAAGAAUCAAUUCAUUUGCUUUUCCUGUGGUUUAUUUGUCUCAUAUGAAAAGUUUUGGGAACUACUUUGUACUGUGGGCCAUUUGAAAAAUAGUCCACAGCAUGUCACUGCUUGUUUUAUUUGCCCAUUAAUCGUGUUUAUAAAAUGUAAUCUGUUUAGUAUUAUUUUAUAAUUUGCACGCCAGAUUAGGCUGUAUAAAAAAUAACUUUAAAAUAAUGGUGUACUCCUUCCAUACCAAGGUAUGCCUUAUAUUAUUGGAACAUUGAAAACAAUAACUUACAUUUCUCAAAGAGCUCUUGACUAGAUGACUUCCAUCCUUUAUUGUCCUUACUCCCAUUUCCCAUUUGAAAAAACCCUCCAGCAAGUUCCAUUAAAUAGGAUUUUGAGCCCCAGUAUGUAGCAGCAUAUCUUUUAUUAGAAGAACAUUUAGUGUUAUUUACUAAAAUGAGUGUAACAGAAGAACCCAUGCUAUGGCCUUUUGGUGAGGUUUAACGGCAAGCCUCUUGCCCACAGACUAUGUACCUGGUUCCAAGGGCUUGUUAUAGUAACAAUUGAAAAUCAAACUAUUCAUUGUUAUUUGAUAACUCUGCAGUACCCUCUGCUGGCUGAAUGGAAGCGUGUGCAUUUACAUAAUGCUGGUAUGCAAAUGAGGACAACCAAAUACAUGGUUAAAUGCAUAUAUUGUUGCUUUUUAUUGUGUUUGAAAAUAUUAUUUGCAUUAUAUAAUUCCUGAAUUAAUUCUAAUUGCUAAUGUUCUAUGUGUUAGUAUUUUAAAUGUUUGUCACCAUAUGCUUAAAGGGACACUCAUGGCACCCAGACCACUUCUGCCCACUGAAGUGAUCUGGGUGCCAACUCCCACCACCCUUAACUCUGCAAGUGUAAUUAUUGCGGUUUUUAUAAGGGAGGAGAGCAGGCGGUGCCUGACACAGCGCCGAGGGACAUCGGCGCUGGAGUCCGGUAAGUCACUGAAGGAGUUAGGAGUGUACUAAUGUGCAUCUGUUUUUAAUUCACCUUACUCUGUGGUUGGGCACUUUGGCUACCUUUUUACUCUAAGGAAAAGGGCUUGUUAGUCAUGCUGGGGACUGCCUUGAAGCAGUAGGGGGUUAACAUAUUAUUAGGAGUACAGUUUCUGCUUUUAUAAUUUAGAGGCAGCUUAUUCUUCAUAUUUAUGCGAACUACACUUUUAAUGUUGCCUUUGUUCUACACUCUAAUUCGAACUCCUUUACCACUCCCUGCUUUAUAUUUGAACACCUGAGGGACUGCCUCAAUGCAGUAGGGGGGUAACAUAUUAUAAGGGGUAUAGAAUUUAUCUUUAGAAUAUAGAGGCAGGGAAUACUUCAUAUGUGUAUUAACUACACUUCAAUGUUGCCUUUUUUCUAAACUUUAAUUCUUACUCCAAUUCUACUUCCAGUUUUGUAUUCAAACAUUGCUUUCAUACCAAAUGCUACCUUCUAGCAAUCUGUAUACCCAGUUAAUUGUCCCUUUUUGCAAUUUAAUGGUUGUUCUAAGUGGUAUUUUCUAGUUUCACUGAUUGAGCUUGGUUACAUAACAUCUAAUCAAGUAUACUAGGUGGCUACCACUUAGAUAGUAUAUCUGUCUCAUUCACCUAUAGGAGGUUUAAUUAAAAGAGGAGAUUUAUUCAUAUUCUCUCCUUCCUCUAUUUGCUCCUAGUUUACUUCCAAUAUAGGAAUACUUUUAGUAUUUAUAAUAAAGCUACACUCUAUAUAUCUCUCUAAAUCAUAUCUCAUAAUUCAAUAGGAAUAAUCUACCAACCACAGUAGCUUUUUCACGCAAUCGCAUUUGUAGAGCACACUAUUUUUGAGGGGUUGUUUAUAUAGGUUUUAUUUCAAUUAAUACAAUUUGCAUUUUACCUUGAUAUAGUGGCUUCAAUUAACGGUAACUUCUUGGGAAAUUCCUACUUUGUUGGGUCUUUCUCAAACUUUCUUUCUUCACUGCAUAUUUAUUGUUAGAUAAAUGAGAGAAUGGAAAACAAAAUGUGUAUUGGAUGGAUAUUACAGAAAGAAAAAUAAACAAUCUUACCAACAAAAAUGAGGUGAUAAAUGGCAGCACAAUGUGUGAUUUAUAGAAUGAGUGGGUGUAUGAAGGAAUUACAAUUUCCAGCUAUCCCUUUACUGAUUAUAUAUGCUGUCCUUUCUUACCAAAUGGUUACGGUGGACAUUGGCUUGUUCCUUGCUGUAUGGUGUAAUAUAUUGUAUAGCUGCAGUCAGCAGAUUCUAUAGUUGGCACUGUCUGUUAGUUAAAACAAAAAUGGAUAUCAUGAGUAGAAAGUUGUUUACCCUUUAAUUGACAGGUAACAUGUGGCUUUGUCCUAACUUUAACCUUUAUCCAUUCUAUUGCUAAAAUUAACCUUCUAAAGUGUCAUGAGUCUGCAAUAUAUUACCAUACAACACAAAAAUUAUAUGUAUACAGUAUCUCAUAAACGUGAGUACAGCCCUCACAUUUUUGUAAAUAUUUUAUUAUAUCUUUUCAUCUGACAACACUGAAGAAAUUACACUGUGCUAUAAUGUAAAGAAGUAAGUGUACAGCCUGUAUAACAAUGUAAAUUUCCUGUCCACUCAAAAUAACUUAACACACCAUUAAUAUCUAAACUGUUGGCAACAAAAGUGAGUACACCCCUAAGUGGAAAUGUCCAAAUUGGGCCCAAUUAGCCAUUUUACCUCCCUGGUGUCAUGUGACUCGUAAGUGUUACGAGGUCUCAGGUGUGAAUAGGGAGCAGGUGUGUUAAGUUUGGUGUUAUCGCUCUCACACUCUCUCAUACUGGUGACUGGAAGUUCAACAUGGCACCUCAUGGCAAAGAACUCUCUGAGGCUCUACAAAUUAGACUUGUUGCUCUACAUAAAGAUGGCCUAAGCUUUAAGAAGAUUGACAAGACCCUGAAACUGCGCUACAAGUGGGCAAGACCAUACAGCAGUUUCACAGGACAGGUUCCACUCAGAACAGGCCUCACCAUGGUUGACCAAAGAAGUUGAGUGCACGUUCUCAGCAUCAUAUCCAGAGGUUGUCUUUGAGAAAUAGACAUAUGAGUGUUGCCAGCAUUGCUGCAGAGGUUGAAGGGGUGGGGGGGUUAGCCUGUCAGUGCUCAGACCAUACGCAGCACACUUCAUCAAAUUGGUCUGCAUAGCUGUCAUCCCAGAAGGAAGCCACUUCUAAAGAUGAUGCACAAGAAAGCCUGCAAACAGUAUGAUGAAGACAAGCAGACUAAGGACAUGGAUUACUGGAACCAUGUCCUGUGGUCCGAUGAGACCAACAUAAACUUAUUUGGUUCAGAUGGUGUCAAGCAUGUGUGGCGGCAACCAGGUGAGGAGUACAAAGACAAGUGUCUUGCCUACAGUCAAGCAUGGUGGUGGGAGUGUCAUGGUCUGGGUCUGCAUGAGUGCUGCUGGCACUGGGGAGCUAGAGUUAAUUUAGUGAACCAUGAAUGCCAACAUGUACUGUGACAUACUGAAGCAGAGAAUGAUCCCCUCCCUUUGGAGACUGGGCCACAGGGCAGUAUUCCAACAUAACAACCCCAAACACACCUCCAAGACGAUCACUGCCUUGCUAAAGAAGCUGAAGGUAAAGGUGAUGGACUGGCCAAGCAUGUGUCCAGACCUAAACCCUAUUGAGCAUCUGUGGGGCAUCCUUAAACAGAAGGUGGGGGAGCGCAAGGUCUCUAACAUCCACCAGCUCUGUGAUCUCAUCAUGGAAGAGUGGAAGAGGACUCCAGUGGCAACCUGUGAAGCUCUAGUGAACUCCAUGCCCAUGAGGAUUAAGGCAGUGCUGGAGAAUUAUCGUGGCCACACAAAAUAUUGACACUUUGGGCCCAAUUUGGAUAAUUCCACUAAAGGGCGUUCUCACUUUUGUUGCCAACGGUUUAGACAUAAAUGGCUGUGUGUUGAGUUAUUUUGAGGGGACAGCAAAUUUACACUAUUAUACAGGCUGUACACUUCCUAUUUUACAUUGUAGCAGAGUCAUUUCUUCGGUGUUGUCACAUUAAAAGAUAUAAUAAAAUAUUUGCAAAAAUGUGAGGUGUGUACUCACUUUUCUGAGAUACUGUACAUUAAAUAAUAACAAUCCAUACUCCACAUACCCCACUUCUUUUUCUUUUAUGACAAAACACAAAAACAAAAAAGAAACAGCACUAGUGGAAAAACUGAAAAAGAAAGAUAAAAAUUAAAUACAUCAAUAAUAACCCCCGCCCCCCCCCCCAAAGUCAAAUAAAAGCGAUACCAACAGAAAAGGGAAGAAUUAACAUACAAGGGCUGAAUAAGCACUUUUUAUGAACCACUGUUUUAAGUGGUCAAUUUCAAUAAAGUAUUAUUUUUUUUACUUUUGUUAUUUUUAGUGCUUUUUGGCUCUUCUCCCUACUAUUGCUUCAGCUCACUACCUAGGUAUAGGAGAAGCCUCAUAAGUCUUGUAUCUAAUUAUACUUUGUAUCUACACGGAGGAUUUUUGAUAUAUUAUUAUUUUGUUGUUACACUGAUAUGAUUAUACAUUUACUUGAUACUUAUGAUCAUUGUUUUAAAAUGACCCAAAUAACCCAGACCACUUCAGCUCAAUGAAGUGGUCUGGGUGCCAGGUCCCUCAGGUUUUUAACCCUUCACAUGUAAACAUAGCCGUUUCAGAGAAACUGUUAUGUUUAUAUUUGGGGUUAAUCCAGGCUCUAGUGGCUGUCUUCUGGACAGCCACUAGAGGCGCAUCUGCGGCACUAGAGGCGAAUUUCACCUCCAUCGCGCAGAUCGUCCAUAGGAAAGCAUUUAGAAAUGCUUUCCUAUGGACACUUUGAAUGCACGCGCAGCACUGGCCACGCGUGCGCAUUCGGCUCCAGUGACAUCGGACGGGGGAGCUGACGUUGGACGGGGAGGAGAGGUCACCAGCGCCGGGCUGGUUUAAAGUUAGUAAUUGAAGGAGUUUUAACCCCUUCAGCGCCACGAUUUGUUUUCCUGACACUAUAGUGAUCCUUUAAUAUUUCCAGACAGCACUCGUUUAUUCACAUUGUGAUAAGUGUUCUUUUUUAUAUAUAUAUAUAUUUUUUCCCCAAGUUUAUAUCUUAUCAUUUCUUAAUUAAUUUGUGCAGCUCAACCCACUAAACUACCACAUGAACCUAACCCAGUAACUAUAAUGUCUUGUCUGGGGCAAUGGUGUGAUCUAAGUGAUACAUUAUGCAACAUAAUUUCAUAAAACCACUAAAAAUCCCUUUCUUGCACUGAUACAAAUGAUGUACAGUUAAAACAUUGUAUAGAAAUCAUCCAUUUAUUUCAUUGUAAAUACCAGGUAACCAAACAAUAUGAAACGUCAUAUGCAACUUGUGCAGCAGAAUCUAAACAUACUUGUAUAGGGUCACCUUCCUGAAAUGGAGGAUUGUUAGACUUCGGUACAUAAGUAGAGGAUAGUACAGAAGCCAUAGGAGUAGAAGGCUGUACUAUUUAAUCAAUUCUAAAAAUAAACUGUAGGAUACCAUUGUCUGUACAGCACCAUCCACCUAAAGAAUCUAAGGGAUUGAAAUUGCAGCUGAGGUGGAAAGAUUCUGGACUUCUCGAAUACCACAGAAAACAAGAUUAUCCCUAUUGGUGAAAGAGUGACUGAUAGAAAAAUGAAAAAAUGUCAGAAGGGGUAAAUUGCAAAUCAAUAUGGCAUAAAAAGCAAAUAUUCUCGUCAAAAUACAUAAGCGCCCCAUAUCCUGGAAUAAGAUGUCUCAUUGAUAAAACAUUACUGAUCAUGGUCAAACCUUGGAACACUAGCAAUAAAAAGUUUGUGGUGAUGCAGAAUUAUGAGAGAUGUGAUAUAUUAGACAGAUUGAUGUAAUUUUACCACAUUGAAAAUGUACAUAAUGAAAAGAUAUGGUCACUGCUAGUACCAGGGCGUGAUAUUAAAUACAUAGGUUGAAAAGGAAGAAUUACUUCUGAAGAAGUAGAAGAUGCAAGAUACUCGGGCAGAUUAAGAUAAUCCAAAUACAAGACAUUAAUGAGGAUUAUAAAGCAAACAGAAAAGAUCAAUACAUCCCACAAAGUAAAAAAUACCACCAAGACAUCAUUGUGUUAUAAUAAAGUAUGCAAGAUAACAAAAUAGCUACAGACAGACUGAACAUUAAUCUUAGAAUGCUAGAGAUAUGACAUGCAAAUACAUUUUGGAAAAGAAUAGAAAGGAAAAUAAAAGUGAAAGCAUCACAAUAUACUAAAAACAAAAAAAUCUAACACAUUGUACAUAAGGUAGUCUAGCCGAUUAUUUCCUACUUGGAUCUUAUAAGACCAUAUUUCACCGAAAUGAAGAAUGGAUAUAAAGGUGCACCUAUCAUUCAUAGUGAAAAUAAGAUUCUGUAACAGACGUUCUAGAUUCACAGUCACUUGUACCAUUUUCUGAAAAAGAAAAUAUUUAAAAUACCAGACAUAAGGCUUUAGGAGCUCUUAAACAAUUUAAGUUGCAUUACAUGCUCAUAGACACUUAAACUAUCUUAUUUUUGAACCAGAUAACCUGAGGGUCCAACUCUGUCUACAAUAAGAGAAGGACCUUCUUAGCUAUCCUUAGGAAAUUUCCUAGGGUUUUUCUGGCCUUUAUUAAAGCAUGCAGCCCGAAUCUCCCACCUGGUAUUCAGUGAGGUCAGAAUAUUGAUCAAAACCACUUAUGCUUUUUAAGGCCUACACAGCAUUAGCAUGCAGUGCUUGUCCUUGUACUGUUGUUAACCAUAGAGAAUGUUAUUUUGCCCACUCUCCAUUGCAUAAACCUAAUUAAGUAGAUGUAUCGAUAGGAAGCAAAAGACCUCACUUCCUUAAACUCAACUUGACCAAAACUGAAAUUCUGGUCUUUCCUCCCUCAAGUGUUGCUACUCCUGUGUCUCCCUCCAAGUCAACGGUGUUACCAUCAGCUCCACCAUGCAGGCUUGCUGCCUAGGUGUUCUCUUUGACUCCAACCUCUCCUUCAUGCCUCAUGUUCAGUCUAUCACCAAAUCCUGCCGCUUCCAUUUCAAAAACAUUGCGCGCAUCCUACCCUACUUAACUCCAGAUGAGACUAAGGUGCUUGUCCAUUCCACUGUCCUUUCUCGCCUUAACUACUGUAAUCCACUUCUCAGUGGUCUUACAUGCUUCCAACUUGUGCCGUUACAGUCCAUAAUGAAUGCGGCGGCAAGGCUCAUCUUCCUGUCCGCCCACAACUAAUGCCUAUCUAUCCUCCCUAAUACACAAGUAUGUCCCGUCUAGGCCCUUACGCUCUGCUGGAGACUUACGUCUAUCUUUGGCCGUACUCUUCCCUCCUCUGUUAGAUGCUCAUCCAGUCUCCACUCCUUCAAAAAAUCAUUACAAACCCAUUUCUUCAUAAAGGCGUAUUAAUUAAACUGUUAAUAGCUCCCGACUGAUUCCUCUCUUGCAACUGUCACUAGUCUAAUACUAUCCUUACCUUUUGUGCCACUUUAUGUCUUAUAAACCAGAUAUUUGACCAAAAGAAUCAAAUGUAACCAACAACUAUCUGCAUGUUAAUACAAUACAUAGGGUAAUGCAAUUACAAUAAAAUAGUACUGAUGAAAAAUUUGUUUUCCCAUAUACAUCAUGCUUUUUAUACUAAGAGAAAUUUAGUUUGUCGGACAAAAUUCAAACUAAAUGUUGCACAUGUCUAAUAACAAAUGAUACAUUAUGGAAAAUAAUGGAUCCAAAUGGUUCAAGAGUUGCUCAAACUUAAAGAUCUAUGUAUGUAUUUAUACUGUAUGUUUAUUUGAUUGUACAAAAAACAUUUCUUUAUCUUUUUUUCUAGGUGUGGAGAGUUAAGCCCUUUAAAUAAGGGAAAUAAAACAAUCCUUAUUGCUAAGUCCUGUAUCUCCUGUGUGCUCUCCAUCUGUCUUUGUGUCACUCCCACCUUGAGACCUGACUCUUUCUUUAUGGAAGAUAUAAAGUAUAUAAAGUCACCUGCCCAGCACAAGGCUCUGCAGAGACAUCCGACUGACCUACACUCUGAAUCAGGUAAAGACACACUACUAUGAAUACAUCAAGCUGGGAUGGUAAAGAUGUGAACAAAAUGGGUUUAACUGAGCAGUAGUGUCUGGUGGAAAAUAUGUUCUUAAAGGGACACUAGAGGCACCAGAAAACCUGAGCUCAUUGAAGUGCUCUGGGUGCAGUGCCCCAGGUCCAUUAACCCUGCAUAGGUAAUUAUAAUUAUUGCAGUUUUUAAUAAACUGUAAUCAUAACCUCUGAGGGUUAACUUCACCUCUAGCGGCUGUCUAGCAGAUAACCACUAGAGGGACAUUCAGGUUGUUAGGUGACUUUUGGUCGCCUGUUAUGCAUGAGCACAUUCAGCUUCACCUGACACCCCAUAGGAAAGUAUUGUACGAUGCUUUGCUAUGGGGCAAGUCCUAAUGCAAGCACAGUCAGUGGACCUGGGAAGAGCAGAGACGGAGCCUGAACCAGCACUGAGGGACAUCGGUGCUGGAAUCAGGUAAGUGACAGAAGGGUAUUCUGCACCACAGUGGGGUGCCGGGAUCACAAUUAAGUAUCAGGCAGUAAUUUGAUUAUGCUGUGAUGAUCUGCACUGCUAGUGAAGAAAAAGGCUAAAUAAAUAAAAAUUCGGUUUUGUAGAACUGUAGCAAUAUAACCUUUAUUAGACUGUUUUGUGUAAGUAAGACACAGACGAGUUGUCUGGGAAGAGAAAAUACCCCAAACUGUAGUAUUUUACAGGAAUUAAUUUAAACAAGAUAUUUUAAUAAAUUCUUGUUUUCGUGAUGUUCUUGGAGUAAUGUCUACUAACCUUGGGAAGCACUGAGACCCAAUAAUCUACAAUGUUAGAAAGCAUUAUACUGUGUUCUGGAUAUUUUAGUAGUACUCAUUAGUAGUAAUGAUAUGGUUUCCUGAUGUUUCCCCCAGGAUGCAGAGCUUUUCUUCCUUCUGUGUUGUCCUACUGGGCUGUAUGAUCCUCGGAGUGCAGCAAUCAGAAGGUGAGUGAUGAGGCAGGUUUACACUUGUCUAGAGGGAUCGUGAGCUGUAUCUGACUCUUUAAAACACUGCAGAUAGGCUUAUUGUAACACACAGAAUGACAGCUUGAAACUGGCUAUAUUUAUUUAGCAUUCGCCAGCCUCACUGCUCAAAGGACUCAAAAUGUUUCAUUCACUCCAGCAAUGAAGUUGAAGGAACACUCCAAACACCUACUUCAAGUGUUAAUUGCCAGUUCAUACAGACUUUUUAUAUAAAAGCGCCAAUUUCAAGAGAAAUCAGCACUUUUAUAUAUCCUCUUAAUAAUAAUAAUAACACCUCUUGAUUGUCUGGCAGAUAAACGGAAAGGUUUUAGUGCUUCUCUACGAGAAGCAUUAGUGGUGGCUCAUGGCCAUUGCCACACACGUGUUGCAUCCCAAUGCAUUUCUAUGAGAGGUAAUUAAUUGGGCACAAGUCACCAGUAAUGAUGAUUACACAGGAGACAGAUUAAAGCUGCAGCAGAUUAGAACUGGAAUAAGGGUGGGCUUAAUUUAUUUUAAUCCUUUCAAUGACAAAAAGGGGGGACAGAGCAGAAAUCUAUAUAAAACCAACCGCUUAUUAAAAUAUAAAUAUUGUAAAAAAUGAAAACCAUAAAAAAAUGAAGUAAAAAAUGAAUAUAUAUAAAAUGUAUUUAUUUUUUAAUUGGACUGUUCCUUGUAGGCACUUUAACAACUUAAUCUUAUUGAAGUUGUUAUAGUGUCUGCAGUUCUCUGAGGAGCAUUGGAUUGGCCCAUCAUACUGGAGAUAUGCCUCGAGGAUGACACAACCUGAUGAGGAGGUUGCAACAGUGCCAAGGAAAACUUGGUGCAGGAGAAAGUAUGAGUUAUUCAAUUCAUUUUAUUUACAGGGGGGGACUGAUAUGAUAUCUAACUCGCGGCCCGUUGAUGGGGGAUAUUGAAAAGUGGGAUAUUGAAAAAUUUUUGCACCUGCAUUGGCCUGCACUCCCUGUUUCCCCGGCAGCUUAUGGCUCCAUAAGGAAACUGCAUGCACUGCACGCUGGGAGGGGGAGCACCUCCCGCUCUGCGUCAGAGCACCCGGUGUCAUGUGACUACCCAGCGAUCAGUCUGACUCAACGUGCGUGCCGCCGAAGAGUGAGAGGCCCCUCUCUCUUGCUAUGACAGGUAAAACAGCAUGAUGGGGGCCAUCUAUCCAUAGGAGACAUGAAUGGAAGAGGUAGGAAGGGAGAUAUGGGGCGGGGGAGAUAUAAAUGGAAGGUAGGUAAGGGAGCUAUGAAUGGAAUGGGGGGAAGGGAGCUAUAAAUGGAAUGGGGGGAGGAAGCUAUGAAUGGAAUGGGGGGAAAAGCUAUGAAUGGAAUGGGGGGGAGGGAGCUAUGAAUGGAAUAGGGAGUGAGCUAUUAAUGGAAUGGGGAGGGAGCCACAAUGGAAUGGGGAGGGAACUAUGAAUGGAAUGGGGAAUGGAGCUAUGAAUGGAAUGGGGGAGGGGGCUAUGAAUGGAAUGGGGGGGAGGGAGCUAUGAAUGGAAGGGGGGAAGGCAAAAUGCAUGGGAGGUGGGGGAGGGAGCUACGUAUGGAUGGAAUGGGUUGGGAGGGAGACGUGGGGGAGAAAUGUGGCGGAGAGACACGUAUGGAAGGGGGAGGGAGACGUGGGGGUAGAGAUAUGAAUGGAAGAGGGGAAAGGGAGACAUGGAUGGCAGAUAUGGAUGGAACGGGGAUAGGAGAUAUGGAUGGAAGGGGGGGGGAGCGAUAUGGAUGGAAGGGAGAAGAGAGACAUGGAUGGAAGGGAGGUAGAAGAGUGGAGUGUGCAGCCACACCUUACCUUGCCUGGAGAUUGCAGAGGGACUAGGGAGCGAGUGGAGCAGAUAGUGUGGCUACCUACCUGGCUGAGACUGUAGUUUGCAGAGGGACUGAGUGAGCGAGCGGAGUAGACACUUCAGACAGUGGCAUUACUACUGAGAUAGUCAAUAAGUUGAAGUGAAGCUUUUGAGUGAAUUCUAUAUAUUUACCCAGGAUUACAUAUUGUUUGCAAUGAUACAAGUCAUUUUAGUUUGUGUUGGUCUAGGCCGAACUCUAAGCUGAUCUAUGACCCUUUAGCUGAACACAUCCUUGUUCAUGCUGUGAAUUGUCCAGUCAAAAACAUUGUGGCACACUGAUUACAUUUGAAAGUUAUAAAAAAUAUACAUGAAUAUAGAUUUUAACAGCAAGUAAAACAUUAUUACGUAUUACAAUACUGGAUCUUGUACAAAUCAUAUGGACAAAAUAAAAUGCUCAAAUAGGGCUGGCAAAGGUCCCGGAAUGUGCUUCUCUUAUUCUUGUUUCUUCCUGUGGAGCUUUUAUUUCUUCAUUUAAUCUCACACAGCAGAUUGCUGAUACUGAUAAUAUCUUCUAAAGUACACUGUGUGUACCUGCAUGUAAGAAGGGGCUAAAUGAACAUUUUUUUUAAAGUAUGUAUGUAGGGAGCCUGUAUACCGGUAAGUCUCAGCCUGGGAGGAGCAUCUAGAGCUGAAAGAAAGAGAUUUAAGGAAUUGAGCAGUGAGACUGUACUUUUAUGAUUUAUAGAACAAAACUACUUCAUUAAAGGAAGAUGCAUCACUUUCAGACAAUUGUCUCAUUUAAAGGAUUUAGUUUUGAAUGAGACAGCUGCCUCGCUUUCCAGGCUGAAAAAGCAGGGUACAUAUGAGGUUUUUUUUCACAUUUACCUGCUUUUUCUUUCUGAUGCUUUCCACACCCACAACAGGGGUGAUGUUAAUCUAACCAAUCAGUGUCCUGUCCCUAGGAAUGUUGGAAAAGUGCGUUGGGCAUGCAUGACAGAUUUACACGUGUGCAGUUGGAAGAUAUCUUGCAACAUCCUGACAAAGGGAGAAGAGGGAGUCUGAUCAGUGUGAUAACGCAGAGCAUGCUCCAGUCUCUGGUUUUACUUUCCAAUGAUGCCGUGUAUCUGCCAUUAGUCUACAGGUCUGAAACCAGGGCUGGACUGGGAACUAAAAGCAGCCCUGGAAAAAAUUCUAUACCAACCCUAUAAUGCAUUGCGCUAGCAUAGUGUGCUGAUAUAGAGGUGGAAAAGACAACUUAAUAUUAACUUAUUACUCCUAAGUGAAAGAAAGCACCCAUAGGCUUCAAAAUAAAAGUGCAGAUUAAUUUCAAGCAGGCGUAUCUUUGCAUAUAAUCAAUGUUUUAGUCCAACUACCUUGACAUAUUAAGGAACAUUUGGUAAUGGGACUGAAAUGGUGAAUGUAUGUAGGGCACAACUGUAAAAAAUGACGUUAUCUUGUUUAUUUUGAAGUCCAAUGAGUGCACUUUUCACUUUAAAUAUGGUAUUGUGCUGGAAUGUGCACCUACUACCAAUAUGUGCUCAUUACAUAUAUGUUACAUAUUAAUGACAUUUCUGUGUGUAUUACGCAUAUAUAAAUGUACAUUUAAUAUGUGUAAAUAUUAUAGGAAUAAUUAUAUAUGCAUAUAACUAAUACACACAUUAAUAUACAUGUCUAUAUAUAUAUAUAUAUAUAUAUAUAUUACUGUUAGAAUCACAUCAAUUACAAUGUCUAUAUGUACAUUGUGUUAGCAAGAUUGCUAGGAUAAUGGUAUAUAUUGGAAGCAAAAUCUAUUUAGUAAGAGCUUUUUCUCUCACCUGUCAAUUAGGUCUUCCGCAUAAACUCCCAUGUUGAAGAACUGAGUUACAGGGAGAGCAAGAGACACAUGUGAAAAUGCAUCCCCCCAAACACACACAAACAAAAUGCAUCUUCUCUUCUGUUUCUCUUAACCCCCUUUUGAAUUUCUUGCCGCUUUUUGUUUUUCUUGUUCCCUCUUGUGACUCCCCUUGUGUAUCUUUUACUUCAUUCCAGUCCCUGUGUGUCUCUUUUUACCAUUUUCUAGCCCUCUGUAUGUCUUUCUCCGCUUCAGAAGCCUCUCUGUGUGUCUCUUUCUACCUCCAGCCCCUCUGUCUCCCCCCAGUCCCUCUGUAUGUUUCUUUCUCCCCCUCACUGCUCCUCUGUGUCUUUAUCUACCCUCUCCUUCUCACUCUCUCUUUUUCCCCAUUCACCUCUGUCUUUCUCUUCCCCUAUUUUCUUUCUCCCCCUCAUUCUGUGUCUCUAUCUUCCCCUCUGUCUCUUUCUUCCCCCUUUCCCUGUGUCUCUCUCUCCCCACAUCUCUCUUCCCCCUCUGUCUUUUUCUCCCCCUUUCCCUGUCGCUCUCUCUUCCCCCUGUCUCUUAACUUCCCCUCCCUCUGUGUCUCUCUUCCCCCUGUCUCUUUCUCCCCCUGUGUGUCUCUCUCUCCCCAUCUGUCUCCCCCCCUCCCCAUGUUUCUACUCCCCCUAUGUCUAUUUCUCCCUCCUUUGUCUCUCUUCCCCCUCUGUCUCUCUCUAUUCUCCCACUGUCUUUUUCUUCCCCUGUGUCUCUCCAUUCCUCCUCUGUCUCUUAUUUCCUCCUCUGUCUCUUUCUCCCCCCUUCAUUACCCCAUGAGGCUGACCUUGCCUAGAGCCCUGGGAGACUGGCAAUGACAGAAAUGGGCUGUUCUUUCUCUGUCUCUCUAUCAUGCUCCCUUGCAGUUCCCACAAUUCCCAGCACAGGCACAUCAUAGAGUAAUCACUACUCUAUGAUAUGCCUGUGCUGGGAAUUGUGGAUCUUCUUAUUCUUCAGUCUUCUUAUUCUGACAACUCACUGCUGUCAGUAUUAGUGAGUGCCGCUGGACCGGUUAGACGGCCACCCGGCCCAGGGCACCACCAUGAGUUCCAUGAGAUGUGGCCACAGGCCGCAAGUUAACUAUGGAAUGCGGCCAGCCCCCUCAGAGUGUGCCACCGGACUGGUCUACCCAGUGGCACCUACAUGCGGCGUUACUGGAAGCGGCCGCAUGGGCUCCCUCACUAUAGGAGUACUGCGCAGCCCUCAGGUGCGCUGCCCACUGGGAAAUUUCCCGGUAUCCCAGUGGGCAAGUCUGAAACUGAAGAUUGGUGGGUAAGAGGGAGGGAGGGGGGGGGGACUAAAAAAACUCCCCUAGGUAAGAGGUGUGCCCAGUAAUGCAAUCUGACUUAGUUUAUAAUAGGUUUAGAAAUGUUUAUUACAUACUUUUGUCUUGCUUUAUUUUGUUUAAAUUUUGGUGUGAAAGUGUUUGCUUUCUGGUUUUGAUAUACUGACCAUUUAAACUGCAGCGGCUUGUGUACAUAAAAUAGAAACUUACAUAUUAUUUUUUUCUUAAAUCAUUUAUUAUAUAAUACAUGAUUUAAUUAAUACCUGUCAUUAAAAUUAAGAAGAUUACUGCUUGUCAAUGUACUUUCAGUAUUAUACAUGCAUUCAUACGUGUAUAUAUAAAAACAUAUAAAACUUAUAUGUAUUAUUUCAGCUGCCCCUCGCUCGUCUUGUCCCCCUGGAUGGUUUUUCUACAAAGCAAACUGUUAUGGAUAUUUUCGAUUCCGACUGACCUGGUCUGAAGCAGAGGUAAGAUAUUUUGAAUACAGAAGAAGGAAAAAAGGGGAGGAAAGGCUAAAUAAAAACCAAAUAUAAAUCUUACUCAUAAAUCGAAUGAUAAGGGUAAUUUAGGUAAAAUACCACAUGACUGGAUUUAUUAUAUUGCAUUUAAUCAGAGAUGAUAAAGGGUAUAUGUAAUAUUUAAAAUUGAUAUGCUACUUUUUUGAAUAGUGUUUGAACGCAGGGCUAAAUUUUGUGUGUUUGUGUUUUUGUAUUAAAAAUCCAUGUUACAGUGCUGCCGCCCACCCAAUCUUAACCCUAUUAAAGGUUAAUAAAUGUGUAGGGGUUCAGAAAAAUACCCAUUUUUUUUCUCAUCAGAGACUUUGCCUUUUAGCUGAAAACUGCAAGGUAAUUUGCUAGUGUUGGAUUCACCUAAGUGGUUUGCCUUGAUGUGGCAGGUGAGCUUAAAAUUUAAUGGCCACUGGCGUGAAACUAAAAAACCUACAAUUAUUUAAAUGUGCUUAGAGAUUUUGGGAUGUUCAGGUAACAUUCUUUUGUAUUUGUUCUAUGUUACUUUUCUGAUUCUAGCAUUAUAAAAUUGUCCAUCAAGUCCCGAGGAUUACCUUUCUGUUUUUAAAAACAUUUUUUUUUAAAGUUUUUAUUAAGUUUAUGUAGGCACUAUUUUCCUAUUACAAUCCUGUUACUUGGGCUAUGUUUUGUUAAACUUUAAAGGGUAUCUACCAUAACAAAUAUAUCUUGAUCUUAAAUGACAGAGAAUCAAGUUUUAUCUAUGCAUAGUGACUAGUAGAAUUUCUACAAAAUAUCUAUUUUGCUAACAUCAGAGAUUGAAAAAUAGCCCUUUAACACUCCCCUCAGUCAAUUUAGUCUGUGCUGAUUGGCUCAAAGAUAAGAAGGAUGUACUUUGCAGGUCUGUUAUCAGAGAAAUCCUUCUCUGGGUGUCCCUCUUGCUUUCCAUCAGCCUAAGGGAAAGCAAUGCCUGCAAGAGGAAGGAGGAGGGGAUGGCUGCUGUGUGAGAGCAGCACUAGCAGCAUGGAGAGAAAGAGACAGACUGAUUUAUUGCAGUUUUACGGCUUUGGACAGAAAAUCUGAGAAUAGAGAGAAUAAAAUACGUUUUGUUUACAUAGCAUAAAGCCAACAUGAAGUGUUGGGGACUUUUGACCUGUUAUGGGAAGCAAUUCUGAAGAAAUACUUAUUUGUAUAACAUUAUUAGUAUUUGUAUUAUUGGCAAUAUUGUAAAGGGGGAAACUUAACAAUUUAGAAAUCAUUACAGGAACAAUAGGUCAAUGAGAAAUAAAAAAAUAAAAAAUAAAUCACUUUUGCCAAUUCUUGCAAAAACCACAACCAAGUCUCAAUUAGUACAGUCUUGUAGAGAAGGCUCAUAAUAUUAGAGCUUAAUAAUGAAACUUUCUUUCUCUUUCAGUUUGAGUGUGCUAGUUAUGGACAUGGUGCCCAUUUGGCCUCAGUUAUGGAUGAGUCAGAGGCUUCAAUCAUCGGAAGUCAUGUUUCUGCUUAUUCACCCAAUGUAGAUGUUUGGAUCGGACUCCAUGAUCCUGAGCAGGUAAGAGAGUGACACUCACAAAGCCGGCUGCAGAAACUAAUAGUCUCCUUACCACAUCCCAUCAUCCACAGUUCCAUAAUUUGCUCAUCUCCCACAAUAAUAAUAAUCCUCUUUUAAGAAUAAGAUUUCUUUUUUUUGCUUUCUGAAACUAAAAUAACAUAUUUUGACCACACAAUUCAUUGCAUCCAAAGUGGUAUUAAUCAAACCUAUUGCAUUAAAAUUUGGAUUACAUGAAAUUUACACAGAGCUGAAAAAAGGUAUACAGAACAUAAUAAACACGCGUCUCUCGGCAUCAUUAUGGGGUCCUAGUAGUGUGACUAUAGACUGUUAACAAAUCAGCUUUAAGUAAAGCUUAUAGAUAAAACAUGUAGGUGCUGUUUAAGUGUGAUUGAUAGAAAGUAUUUCAGCAAACAAUUAAAAAAGGGGGUGUUGUGACCCAAAAUGAGUGCUAAAAAAAAUGAUCCUGCUCUUCGGAAUCGAUAAUUUAGAACCACUACAUAGACUGUGCUUGUGCUUUUUGCUUCUUUAUCUAGUACAAUGUAAAAGAGUAUACUUCUGUUACCCUGGUUUAUGUGUUUUGUAUAAAGGACCACUAUAGUGCCAGGAAAACAUACUCGUUUUCCUGGCACUAUAGUGCCCUGAGGGUGCCCCCACCCUCAGGGUCCACCUCCCGCCCGGCUCUGAAAAGGGGAAAAGGGGUAAAACUUACCUUUUUCCAGUGGUGGGCGGGGAGCUCUCUGCCUCCGAUCCUCCUCCGUUCCUCCCCGUCGGCUGAAUGCGCACGAGCUGCGUGCGCAUUCAGCCGGUCGCAUAGGAAAGCAUUAUCAAUGCUUUCCUAUGGACGCUUGCGUGCUCUCACUGUGAUUUUCACAGUGAGAAUCACGCAAGCUCCUCUAGCGGCUGUCAAUGAGACAGCCACUAGAGGAUUUGGGGGAAGGCUUAACCCAUUUAUAAACAUAGCAGUUUCUCUGAAACUGCUAUGUUUAUAAAAAAAAAAGGGUUAACCCUAGCUGGACCUGGCACCCAGACCACUUCAUUAAGCCGAGAGUGGUCCUUUAAUUUAAAAAGAGUAUAACCCUGGGAAUGAGUAUGAAUAGUGUCACAUUCAAUGCUAACCAACCUCUGACCUACAUGUAUGGUAUUUACUUACUUUUCCAGUCACCUUCUCUCAUUUAGCCCUCCUGUCCAUGCUCUCUCUCACUCACAGCAUAAUUCAUCGUAUGCCAUUCUGUCAAGUUUGACAAUAGGCAGAUAAGGCAGGUGCUUACAAGCAUAGCCAGAUUCCCCAAAAGGCCUUGAAGGUCACCAUUGGGGCAACAUGGCUGUUGGGGAAAUCAAGUAUCUCCAUAACCAACCAGUCCCCCUUGAUAUUCUACCACACCUCCCAAAUAAUGGACUACACAACACAAACACUAGAGCUACAGCACCUGUCUCCCCACCCCCUCCACACCACCACCAAUAAACACACAACAAUCUCUAUAAACCCCAUACACACACUGUAGCCUCUAUCCACCACACACAGCAGCUCUUCACCGUCACACACACCCUGCAGCCCCAAUAUUCUUUCCAAACAUGUACAAACGUGGACAUGCAAGCCUGGAGCAAAAUGUUAAAAGGGGCUCAAUUACAGCAGCUUUUUUCAAUUAUUACACAAUUAUCAUUAUUCUCAACCAGGCUAUGCAGUCCACAGGAAACCUGCCCACCAAACCAAGGUCCUCUAUAACCCUUACUACGCCUAAAUCUUAACCACAAGCGAAAACAAUGACAGUAUUUUUAAGUCAACAUCUAAACUUCGACAAAACAAGUCCUGUAGAAACUUUGUCUGUGGUGCAUAUGUAACAUGCUUACAAACCGGACUUAAAUCACAUAUGUCACAAACCUUCUACAGAGUUAUUCACUAAAGUGAAUAUUCAAGAUGUAUUCAAAGUCAAUUUUAAAUUUAAGGUGAAAAUAGCUAAACUGGGGGAAUUGUCUAUCAGCUGUGAAAGUUGGGGUACUUCAUUGUCAGCUGUAAACUUUCAGCUCCUUUGCCUUUAAUUUUUAACUUUUAAUUUUUACUUUAGUUAAUAUUCCUGAUAGUUUCUCAAAGCAGCUUUAAUGUUUCAUUAGUAAUUUAAGUUUUUAGGAUCCCCUCAAAUUGGCAGGCUGUAUUUAAACCAUUUCCAUCAGUUGCUCUGCAUUGACAGUGGAUCUUAAAGACUAAGCAGAAGACCAGGAGAUGCAGAUCAUAUUGAUUAAAGGAAAAUCAGUCUCUUUUAAUAUUGAGUGUGUUUUGAAUGGCUUUAGUCUGGGCCGGUUUUGACAAAACUCUGAAUCCCCAACUGCUUACAGAUACCCGUCUACAAGUGCUCGUCAUGCACACAAAUUAGAAUUUUCAUUUUUAAGUACACUUUUUUUAUGCAUUUUCUUUUUUUCUAUAUAGUAACUCAUUUCCUUUUAAUAAUUUUCAUAAAGAGAUGAAUAAAGAAAUGUACUUCCUGAAUCACUUAUGUGUCCUUCAAAUCAAGGACCAAUCAACAAAGAACAUAAUAUAUUGAUUAAUGGAAUUAAGAUGUAAACCUGGUCUUGGCUAUAGCCCACUGCCACUUAUAUAUCAUGAGCGGACUCUGACAGCUACAUUAUUCUUUACUUCUUUUUUUUUUUUUCUCCUUAGAACCGGCGUUGGAAGUGGAAUGAUGGCUCUAUGUACAACUUUAGGGCUUGGCAAAAUGGAGAACCCAAUAACCAAGGGAACGUGGAGUAUUGUGUAGAGUUGCUUAUAGGAUCCAGUGAGUAUAAAGUACUUCAGAUAUACAAUUCCCUGUGUAUGUAGUCACUAUCAGCUUAAUAACAGAGAGGGGAUAUGAUAACGUUAUACAAAUAUAUUCGGGGGCCAAUACAAACCAUUGUGUGGAAAUCUAUUCACAAACCGGACUUUACAUAGGACACGAGGCCAUGCGUUUAGACUUGGAGAAAGAAGAUUUCGUCUAAGGCAAAGGAAAGGUUUUUUUACUGUAAGAACAAUCAGGAUGUGGAAUUCUCUGCCUGAAGAAGUGGUUUCAUCAGAGUCCAUACAGACGUUCAAACGGCUACUAGAUGCAUACUUGCAAUAACAGAAUAUUCAAGGAUAUAAUCUUUCAAUGUAGGGUAAUAACUGCUUGAUCCAAGGAUAAAUCUGACUGCCAUUCUGGGGUCAAGAAGGAAUUUUUUUCCUAGCUUGUUGCAAAAUUGUGCUUCAAACUGUUUUUUUUGCCUUCUUUUGGAUCAACAGCAAAAAACAAAUGUGAGGAAGGCUGAACUUGAUGGACGCAAGUCUCUUUUCAGCUAUGUAACUAUGUAACUAUGUGCAUAGUGAAAAUUGUAUCUAGCCAAUUGCAAAUAUGGAAAGAGAGACUCGUUCAUUUUAUUGUAAUUCUUUUUUUGUUCAGAGUUUCUAAAGUGGAAUGAUGCUCCAUGCAAGAUGGAAAACCACUUUGUGUGUAAAUACAAACCGUAA